CGACCAGAUUCUUUUCGCGCCUUUCAUCUGUCAUUUGUAGGAUAGUAUUUCGGUUCGAUGAGCUGAUCUCACGAUGUCGGUUCUUCGGGGUGGUUCGUUCUUCCAAAGACGGCUUACAAAGCUGUAUACUGAUACCAAAUCAUCGUGCGAAAGCGUCUCUACUGCCGCAAGGCCAAAUGACGACCCGGAACUGAUAUCCCUUAAUCGAAGUUUCCGGACGCAAAAGGACCGAUUGUUGGCCUGGGGUCUUGAUUGGAGCGAUGCCAGCGCUGCGCAGCCCAACGACAUUGAUGAGGCGCUGGCCGAAGCUGGCUUCAGCGAUGUUGUCGCCAGCAUCAUGUCAUCCAUUCAGGGACUUUUGAAUGAGGCUGAGAGGCUGCAGCAACCUGAUAUUCCGAAAUCCUCUCCGGAUGGGCUGACGACUGGCGUGGUCAAGACAACGUGGACAGAUAAUGAAAUAUCGAGAUCAAAAGCGCUGUUGGACGAGCUGACUUCGCACAUUGAUACCCUCUAUGACUUAUCCCGAUCACGGAGGAAUAUGACCAUGAGCAUCUCAUCGAAUACACAGUCGCAGAUGCAGAGCCCUCAUUCUCCAUAUUCGCUUCGGCCCGAGAAGUCAACGUCAAAAAGGCCACUGUUGUAUCCAGUCUCUCUUGGUUCUAAGAUAUAUCCCGAGAAGCACAGCCAUCUAGCAAAAAGAGACAUCAAAGGUGGCUCUCACUUUUCUAGCAGCACAGAGCGAUUUGCUAUGAGCUCUUUGAAUCUUCAUGUCGACACCUCGGCUCAUGACCACACCUUCCUCGCUGAUGAAGCACUUCUACCUUUCUUAUCCUCCACAAAAGAAUAUUACAUUAAUCGCAAAGCCCUGUACCUUUCCAGUGAUGGAGCCACCCACGCUCCCAAUCCGCCACCUUAUGAACCUGUUGCAGCUUCAGCAAAUUCUCGAGUAACAGGGCAGUUGCACACGUCCGCUAUACCAGCUCCAUUGGCCGAAGGCGUGAAUGCCCUUUCGGUUCCGAUCUUAGUCGAAUUUUCGCCGAUACUAAUGGAAAUGCAGAACUCUCCAGUUCUACCGAAAAAGCAAAGAUUGGACCACCUCAGUCAAACCCUGAAACGACUGGUCGAAAAUGCCAGGGUCUCUCACCUCGGAUUGCUCAAGUUCCUGGGUUACUUCGUCGACAUGGCACAUUCUCGCUAUGCAUUUGUCUAUCAGAUGCCAACAGACAUUCCUUCCCUACCAAGGCAGCCGUCUUAUCCAAUACAACCCAAGCCUCUUGUCGCACUCUUACUCUCCGGUAUCGACCCCCAGGAUACUCUUGUUCCAAAUCUUGAAAUACGAUUCCGAUUAGCAUAUAGCCUCGUUUUAGCCGUUCUACAUAUGCGAAGUCAGAAUCUCAUCCAUGGAAAUCUCAACAGCAACAAUAUCUUGAUAUUUCCUGGUGUGGAAGUGUCUAACACAGGCGCUGUGGACAGCUUCCCCGCAGACUUCCGUCAUCCUUACUUAACAUCUCCAGCUUUAUUUGACAGUGAAGACAAGAAUUCUCCUCCCGAACCUCUUUCGUCGAGCAUGUAUCGGCACCCAGACGAUCGACGAAUAAUUACCGACCAAUCCGCAUGGGCGUACGACCUUUACAGCCUCGGACUGGUCCUACUUGAGAUUGGUCUAUGGACUCCCAUUAGCAGACUAUGGAAGAUGAAGUACACAAACGCAAUGUUUAAGUCAAGGAUCGAAAAUGUGUACAUAAAGAAGCUCGGGGCUAAAUGCGGAGGAGCGUACCUGCAAACGGUCCAACUCUGUCUCGAUGCACCCAAUUUCCAUCUCUCGACAUCUCCUAUGGAGGACCUAAGUCUCCGAAUUCCUCAGACGUAUCAUUACCCAUGGAACGAGCCGAGCAAGGCCAAUGAGUGGGAUACUUUCUCGAAGAAUUUUCUUUAUACGGUCGGGAAAGUAACCUUCCGAUGUUGUAGCCUUGAUAUCGUUGCACCACCUCCUGACACCGAUCUCGAGGAGUCUCUUCCGCCGCCAUUGAGCCUUGAUCUUGACGCUUCAUCAUUCCAAGAAGUUAAGCCACAGGAUUUGGGCAUUCCCACCGUUGAACCUGUUGUUCCAAUUAACAUUGGGGAUGAUACUGCACCUUUAACGGAUCGAUUUGGCUCACACAUAAAUUCCGACAAUACUGAAAGAAGGGUUCGAAAGCGAACCCUUAAAAAAUGGUCAAACCUUGAGAUACCCGAUGAUAAUCUCCAGGCCUGGAACAAGAUACUCAUGCCAAAGCUGAGCAAGUUACUCCAGAAAAUCCUAAAAGAUUCGAAUGAACCCUGCAGUGUUAGCUUGAUGAUCGCUGGCGAAUCCGCAGAAACAGCCAAAACAACUAUCUGCGUCACCUGCACGAGCGUUCGCAGAGUUAAGGCCGCACUCAAGAAGUAUUUUGAGUAUGAUCGCGAAAACUGGGACUUGAUUGUCAUCAGGGGGGAUAUAAACCGAUCAAAAGUACCUAGAAGACGUCGCAAGAAAGCUAAAAGCUCAAAGACAGCAGAAAAGGCUCCUAUGGAUUUGAAUCCGCAUUACCAACAAAGACCUAUAUGCGGUGCCUCGAUAGGGGCAUUCCGUUCGGACGAACAUUUGCCACCGGUUUCGUAUGGCGGCGCGAUUCUCGUGGAUGGUCUGCCUUACGGGAUGACCGUCCACCAUAUGCUUGAUAGCCCUUGCGACGACGAUGAAGAGUACGAAGAUAAUGGCUGUCCUCCCCGGUCUUCUGGCAAUUAUACGCCGCAUACGGAGAUGCAAGAUCAAGACUUUGCUUACUCUUGGUGUGAUGAUGUCCCACCGCAAGCGCUCUACCCCUUCGAAAUUUCCGACAGCGAGGGCGCUGAUGACCAAUCUAUUGCCCAUAGUAUCGAUGAAACAUAUGAUGACUAUUGGCUGUCUGAUGGUUAUUCAAGCGACGAAGCAGAAGACGUCGGGGAUUUCGAUAUUGAUGACGAUACAGCAUCGAUCGGAGACACUGAAGGGGUCGACCCUCAAGAUGAGCCUCGGAUUAUAGUCACGCAACCAGCCCUUGAUGACGUGGAAGACGGCUUCUUUCCUAAUCCUGAGGAUCGAGACGACGAGCACCUUGCAUCACACUCACUGGGUUAUGUCCAUGCCUCCUCUGGACUUCGGAGGACAACACGGGAUGGAAUCAAGCAUGAAGUCGAUUGGGCGCUUAUUAAAAUCGAUUCUGACCGUUUGGACGCUACCAAUGUAGUCCCCUUUACGCCUAGUGCGUCGUCUUCGUCACAUCCACAUUCAGCAAAUAUUGGACCUUCCAACAGCGCCGAUCAACCUCCACAGCAUCAGUUCCAAAACCUCACAAAAGUAGCCAGACUCGAUGAGUUGGGUGGCUUGUAUGUACAGUGCUGUGGAAGGACGAGUGGCUUUCAGAGCGGGCGUAUUUCCAAGGCAAUGACACUUGUCAGAUUGCCUGGCCGUCAAUCAUUUUCUUUGAGCUUUUGCGUUGACGGCAAUUUUGGAGUUCCCGGCGAUUCUGGUGCAUGGGUAUUCAACCAAAACGGCCAAGUAUGCGGACACGUGCUCGCAUGGUCCGAAAAGAGUCGAACGGCAUACAUCGCACCUAUGGAAAUCCUCCUCGACGAUAUCGCACGCACGCUCGGUGCAAACAGCGUGGCACUUCCGGGUAGCGAAGAAGAAUUAGCCUGGCACGGCGCCAUGGCCGCUGCGACUUCUCCUUAUGUCAAUGUCGCCGCUGCAACGACGAAACAUAGCCUGAGUGUGGUUAAAGACCAGCUACCUCUAGAUCUUCGGAGGCUGAAUCUUGAUCAUCUCGACGAGCCCUCACUCGCUCGACAGACCUCCGGACAACCCACUGCUCCCGGCGGUAGGAACGCGGCAAGUUCUACUGCUACUUCUGCCAUGAAAGAUGUUCCCGUGUCUGGUGCAACCACGUAUAGAGGUAUCAAUGCUUUGAUAUCCCAUCCACGAACUAUGGAACACCAACUUGCUUGAUUUAUGAUAAUGCCUGUGACGAUGCUAUUGAAACUUUGUUUCCUGCUGUUUAUACUUAUUUUUGGAAGCACUAGCUGAAUGAUAUGUAUGAUUGCACUGUUUUUAUAAACGAAAUAGUGAAUUACCAUGCUGUUAACUUCCACUAUCUAGAAUUUUCCAACCGCUGACAUUCUACUUUGAUGUGGAGUAUAUAGGAGUCAUUUGUAAUUCAUGUGCCUUCUCUCUCCCUCAUUUAUCAACAUUCAAACAUUUAAUUAAUACAGGAAAAAGAACAAGUCUAUAUUCAAACAUACUAGACAUAAGAAGUGAGAAUUUAAAGACCUUGCGGAAAAAAAAGAAAUAGACAAGAUGGAAGCAAACAAUCCGAACCGCCAAACCACGUGUUAAACAAGGUGAAAGCAAUCAAAAAUAAAAAAUAAAAAAUAAAAAUACCGAGCAACCAUGAAUGCUCAGCAGAUCCCGGAACCCCAUUCCCAAAAAAAUAAAAACAAAAGCGACAUUAAUGAUUAAGAGCUGCUCAAGUAUUUCAAAACGGAUUCUUUCUCCUCGAGUGGCAGCAUGCUCAACACCUGCUGCACUCCCUUCAGACCACCCUCCUUGUCGCCCAUCAAUAACUGUGCAACCUGCAUUGCAACACUAUUGGUCUUCAUGGAUUCAACCUUCUCGUAUAAGACCUUCUUGUUCUCCUCGUACCAAAGAGCAACCUUGCGGUCCUCAUCCUCGAAUUCCUUGUCUAGUAAGCCAGUCCAAGACCUGAGCAUGAGAAGAUUCUUCUCACGCAGAGUUGGCUUCGCUGGCCCGGGUGAGGAGGUAGGAGACGGGCUUCUCGACGAUUCUGGGCUUCCAACUUGGGAUUCAGCACUGACAGAUGCCAUACGCUUGAGAAUGAGUUCCUCGCUGAGACGGCGACGGAGACGCCAAUAGAAAAAUCGUCGCGCGUUCUUCCACUGAAGCGGUUUGCGGAUGGUUCCCUUCGCCUCCAUGCGACCGGCACGAUCGUGUAGAUCGGCAAACUGGAGAGCAAUUUGAAGAUAAACCGGAAGGAGUUGGUUUUCACGCUCAGUCAUCUUGUUCUUGAUUUCGGAUAAUUGUUCGGCACUCAGUGACGCGUCCUGAAACGACCGCCUAAGUUCUCCAUAAAUCGGGUCGAGACGAGCCAUGGUUUCUAGCUGUUUCUCGCGACGAUACUUGAUGCCGACGAUACCCUCAGGUUCGAGGACACCACCACGCGAUUCUUCAUCGGCG